AUGCUUCAUGUUCUUAAAAUUCCGCUGUCCGUGCUUCACUUGGAUACCGUCGUGGCAAUUAUGAUUAUCAAUUUUCCGCAUAUUGACGAGUUUGUUAUUGUGCGGGAGAACGUCAAAUGGGUCGACGUUUAUACCUUGGACAAGUCUGAUGGAAACGAAAAAAAUGACAACGAGAAUUUCGUCAACGAACCGACUAACGAAACCGUAUCGCCAGUAUUGAAAAGUUGCGACGUUAUCGAUUCAAUAGACCUUGACGGUUUCGGGCCAGAGCUGAGCGUUUAUCUAACACGUUCAAUUUUCGACAAUCAAGAUUUGAUCACUCUAAAGGACAUAGAAAAGUUACUCAAAAUGGGCCCUGAAACAAAGACACGUUUACUUCAGAUUGCGCAACCGAUUAAUAAUAGCGAUUAUUUUCUCUUGAACGUCCUUCCACAUAUUUUUCAAGAAACGCAGCAAGAAGUGCUCAACAAGCACACCGGUCGGCUAGGAGGUCAGAUUAAGAGUUCGAUCAAUUCCAGCGGUAACGAUCGCAAAUAUACGACGCUCGCAUAUACGAAACCCCUGAACUUUGAAAACAAUUCAAAAUAUCUCGAUGAACUGAUUGUAUCGCGUACGGAUCUGAACGAAGAAAGAUGA